AUGACAGUCUUCUUCAAACCUGCUGCAUCUAUCUGUUAUCCUGUGACUGUCUCACCAACAGUAGCCCCUGGGUAUCCUGUGCCUGCUGAGAAACCUGCGUCUACCUUACCAGUGACAGUCUUAUUCGAACCUGCUGCACCUAUCUAUUAUCCUGUGACCGUCUCACCAACAGUAUCCCCUGGGUAUCCUGGGCCUGCUGAGAAACCUGCGUCUACCUUACCAGUGACAGUCUUAUUCGAACCUGCUGCACCUAUCUAUUAUCCUGUGACCGUCUCACCAAUAGUAUCCCCUGGGUAUCCUGUGCCUGCUGAGAAACCUGCAUCUACCUUACCAGUAACAGUCUUAUUCGAACCUGCUGCACCUAUCUAUUAUCCUGUGACCAUCUCACCAACAGUAUCCCCUGGGUAUCCUGUGCCUGCUGAGAAACCUGCGUCUACCUUACCAGUGACAGUCUUCUUCAAACCUGCUGCAUCUAUCUGUUAUCCUGUGACCGUCUCACCAACAGUAGCCCCUGGGUAUCCUGUGCCUGCUGAGAAACCUGCGUCUACCUUACCAGUGACAGUCUUAUUCGAACCUGCUGCACCCAUCUGUUAUCCUGUGACCGUCUCACCAACAUGUUUUGCAUAA